CUUGAGAGAAAGAGUGCAAGUGGAACAACUGAUUAGGUACAUAAUAGAGGAGCCUCUCGAAGAUGUCGAACAGAAGCGAACAUUCAAGUUUCCUUUUGUUGCCUGUGAAAUUUUCACAUGUGAGAUUGAAAUGAUACUGAAAACACUAGUUGAGGAUAAGGAGUUGAUGUUAUUGCUGUUUUCGUUUUUGGAAGCCAAAGAAACCCAUAAUUCAUUGCUUGCCGGAUACUUUAGCAAGGUUGUCAUUUGUCUGCUAGUGCGGAAGACGAUCCCUUUCAUGCAAUUCAUAAAAGAUCAUCAAGAAAUACUGAAGCAGCUUGUUGAUUUGAUUGGUAUAACAUCUAUAAUGGAGGUUUUAAAACGCCUGAUCGGUACUGAUGAACACCUAUAUUCAAACUACACAAGCACAAUGCAGUGGGUAGAAGAUACGGAUGUUUUAGAGCUGAUGGUAGACAAGUUUGGCUCCUCAAUGCCAACGCAGCUGAAAUUCUGUGCACUGUAG